AAACAUAGAGAUCUCGAAUUAGGAUUUAAUUUUAUCAGUUUUUUUUUUUCUCAAUCCCUAAUUAUUAACAGGGUUAGGCCCAGAAAUUUGAUUAAAACGAGCCUAAUUGGAGGAAAAAACAAUCUUUUUUGCCCAGAAUCUUAAAUGCAUAUUUUGGUCUAUUAAGGCCAAAUAUUAAAUUCAGAUUUUAGCCAACGAUCUCCUCUCUUCAUUGCACAAACUUACUACGUCGCCGCCUUCUUCCUCCACUUCACCGCUACGACGAGCACCCUCGACUCGCUUACUUCCCCGAAAGCUAAAACCCACUAAAAGCCAUAACCAAAAAACUAAAAAAGAAAACAAUAAAUCCCCAACAUGUCCCUAUCGUCACUCUCCUCGCGCCUCACCCUCCUGGCCCUCCUCUCCGCCACCACGUUUUACUUCCUCUACAAAUCCCGCCGCCGUAAACAACUCGCUCUAAACCCUAACCAUAGAAAAGGCAAGCUCUUCUUCAUCACCCAAACGGGAACAUCCAAAGCCCUAGCCCAACGCCUCCUCAACCUCCUCACCUCCAACAACAUCCAUUUCGAGCUCGUCGAUCCACAAAACUACGAGCCCGAGGACCUCCCUAAGGAAUCCUUAAUCCUUAUCAUUGCUUCCACGUGGGAAGAUGGAAAACCUCCUCAAAACUCAAAAUUCUUCGUCAAUUGGCUCGCCGAAAUCAGUACCGAUUUUCGCGCUGGGAAUUUGUUGCUCUCCGAUUGUAAAUUCGCCGUCUUUGGAGUCGGUAGCCGGGUUUACGGAGAAACGUUUAAUGCUUUGGCAAGGGAUUUGGGAAAGAGGUUGAAAGGGUUGGGAGCGACAGAAAUGGUGGCAGUUGGGGAAGGUGACGUGGAUGGAGGUGCAUUAGACAGUGUCUUUGAAGAGUGGAGUGAAAAGGUAGUUACUGUUUUGAAAGGGGGAUUGGUGGUGGAGAAUGAGAAUGUAAUUGUUUAUGAGAGUGAUGUUGAAAGCCUUGAAAGUAGUGAUGAUGAUGGUGCUGGUGGUGGGGAAGAAAUUGUUGAUCUUGAAGAUAUUGCAGGUAAAGGGCCAUCGAGAAAGAAGGCAGUUAAUGUGGCUGAAACUAAUGGGAAAUUGGAUGGGAAAAGAGAGAUGGUGACUCCGGUUAUGAGAGCCAACUUGGAGAAGCAGGGAUAUAAAAUUAUUGGUUCGCAUAGUGGUGUUAAAAUCUGUAGAUGGACCAAGUCGCAACUUAGAGGACGAGGAGGUUGCUACAAGCACUCAUUUUAUGGAAUAGAGAGCCAUAGAUGCAUGGAGGCUACCCCUAGUUUGGCUUGUGCCAACAAGUGUGUUUUCUGCUGGAGGCAUCAUACAAAUCCUGUAGGAAAGAGUUGGCAGUGGAAGAUGGAUGAUCCUUUAGAGAUUGUCAAUACUGCCAUAGACCUUCAUACCAAUAUGAUUAAGCAAAUGAAAGGAGUUCCUGGUGUUACACAAGAGCGAUUGUUGGAAGGUCUAUCCCCUCGGCACUGUGCCUUAUCACUUGUUGGUGAACCAAUUAUGUAUCCAGAGAUUAAUAUGCUUGUGGAUGAGCUGCACCGAAGGCAAAUCUCUACAUUUCUAGUUACCAAUGCACAGUUCCCUGAAAAAAUUAAAAUGCUGAAGCCCGUAACCCAGUUGUAUGUGAGUGUAGAUGCUGCAACAAAGGAUAGCUUGAAGGCAAUUGAUAGGCCACUCUUUGGGGACUUUUGGGAAAGAUUCAUUGAUUCCUUGAAAGCUCUCAAAGAGAAACACCAACGAACUGUAUAUCGCUUGACUCUCGUGAAAGGUUGGAAUACAGAAGAUGUAGAUGCUUAUUCUAAACUCUUUAGUAUUGGGAAGCCUGAUUUUGUUGAAAUCAAAGGUGUAACGUACUGUGGAUCUUCUGCCACAUCAAAGUUGACAAUGGAGAAUGUGCCUUGGCAUUCUGAUGUGAAGUCUUUCUCGGAGGCAUUGGCUCAGAAAAGUGAAGGACAGUACGAGGUUGCAUGUGAACAUGCACACUCUUGCUGUGUCCUCCUGGCAAAAACAGAGAAGUUUAAGGUCAAUGGCCAAUGGUAUACAUGGAUAGAUUAUGAAAAAUUUCAUGACCUGGUGGCCUCAGGAAGACCUUUCGACAGUAAGGAUUAUAUGGCUUUCACUCCAUCCUGGGCUGUCUACGGAGCCGAGGAAGGUGGGUUUGAUCCUGAACAAUCUCGGUACAGGAAGGAGCGACAUCACAAGUCAGAUCGCUAAGCUAUUUGGAGAUUUAUAUUAGUAUUGCUACUACACGGUAAAUCCAUUUUUAUUAGUAAACAUCGGAUUAUCAUUUUCUUUGUAUUUUAUCAGUUUUGCUUCAGUUGGUAUGCAUAGGGGUUAAAAGGUCUGAUGAAUGGUAGUUUUCUGCCUGUAGCUUUGUUGUAUUCAUAUUUUCUGAAACCAAUUUUGAUCCAAAAAAUAUCAUUUUCGAAAUAAUUACCCUAAGCCUUAAGUUCAAAACGUAUAAACUUAUUUUGAGAGAUGGGUCAUUCCCUACUUGGAAAUGCCCCAUUUGUUGGAAUUCCUUGCAUGUUUUUGUCUCCCACUGUUAUCACAUGGCGAAGUGUCACUUUUCAAUGACGAAUUAUGUAAAAGAUGAUUGCAGAUUAAAGUGUAAGAGGUUGAAUUCGGGUUUUUUUCUUUCUAAAUUAACUCCAACAUUCUCUUAUGUCCUGAAGUUCUGACAUAAAAAAAAUAAAGGGUAGGAAUAAGGCCUAUUGGUUUUUUUUCUUUUUUAUAUGCCUCUGUAAUUAAGAUUUUAUCAAAGAUUUACAAGAAUCAGAUUGGCUGGUGGCCCUUAAGUUGUUAAAUCAAAUCAUUCAAACGUGUGACUGGAUGACAGCAAGAUUUGUGUUGGAAACACAGGCCUCUGUGCAACAUGCACUGCACUAUUCUACUUACUACAUAUCUCUUACAAAACAGUGCUUAGCAACAUCUCAAUUCUCGUAUCAGGCUUUUGCUCUUGCACUUGCUCUCGUUGACAACAAAAUAAACAAAGAAAAAUAAAUAUUGCAAAGUUUCAGUGACAUUCUAGAGAAUGAAAACAGCACUUCUUCCAUUUUAGUGCAGCCAAGUGAUUUUUACUUUUAAGAAAUAGUUAUACAAAAAUUUGCUCUACAAGAAUUUGGUAAGAGACUCUGUGACGGUGUCAAACCAAUCAAACAGUAGCUUAGCUUGAGAUUUUCAGGUGGGGUAGUUACCCAAACAACUUGACAAAGCUAUACAGGGUACAGAUAAGGAAGGUAUCCAUGGCAACAGCGCGUCCAUGCAACGCGCGGUCCUGGGUUGUGGAUGGUAGCAAAAACUCUCCACUUCUUCUGCUACUUCAU